AUGGCUUCGGCGCAGAUGAUGCGCAGGGACAAGCCAAAAGCAGCAGUGACUGUACAUCAUAUGCUGCAAGCAGGAUUGCGGCAGGGGCUUGUGGAAGUUUCUGCAGAUCGCUUGCUACAUGUGGAGGAAAGCUUGCGUGCAAGCUACGAGGCCUUUCCCAAGGACGCACGGGGAAACGUGCCACCGCAUCAGGUCUUACCGGCCCUCACGAGAGCCUACUUUUCCAAGGAACACGGUUGGCUGGUUCGUGGCUUGGAAUCUCCCGGAGCACCUGUCAUCGCUCCUGGAGAGUCGCAUCAAGAUGCACGACUGCCAGUCACCGGGGGUGGCUUGUACGAGGUUCAGAUUCUCAAAGACAAAGCGCCGGAGCUCGCAAGAGCUUUGAAAGACACAGCUCUCAGUCCCGUUGCGGUUUCAGCUGGGCUUUCCCUGGGAGACAUCUCUCGCACUGUCGCUGCAUUGGAGCAGCUGCUCCUGGAAGAGUCACUGCCCCUGCUGCGUGCAUCAUACUUCCUCAAUGGACUGGACAAUGUGGACCCUGCUGAACGUCUGCCGCCACCUGUGGCAGAGUCACAGGUUCAUGAGGUUCUUCUCUCCUACCUGCUUCUGUUCCGGCACGGGCUGCCAAGGAAUCUGACAGACUCCGAGUCCCACCAGCGUCUGAAGCAGCGAGCGAAGAAGACUGCAGAUUGGCCUUUGCUGUCACAGUUCGAAGUCCAGGCUCUAAAUGAGGUUAUCCACGAUCCUGGGACGAUCUCGUGGGCACAGGCUCGCGAAGCCGUGGAACUUAUUGCUACGCGAUACGGGCACUGGCAGCAGUCAGAAUGCGAAGACAUGAAGUCAACCUUGAUGAAGAUGGACACAGGGGCUGGGCGGGUGAAGCUGCAGGACUUCCAUGGAUCGCCCAAACAUCCGCAUUACCAGUUCACGGAAAAAGAGGACUAUUUGGCAAAGGCAGGCAUACUAGUGGAAGAGGACGGUGAGAAGUAUGUGCUCAUUGCAAACUACUUGCUGGGACCCUCCAACUGCAUCGCAUCAUCUGAGUACUUCGCGGUCUGUUGCCUUAACCAGUGCGAGACAGUUUUGAGCCAAUUCGAGAUGAUUUUGCAAGCUCCUGCAGCCCCGGUUGCGCAAAUAAUGCAAGCAGUCGGCCGUCUCCGUGACAACUCGACCGCUUCGGAGCUCCAGGAGAGCCUGAAAAUUCUCGUGGACGACACCGGUGCAGUCGUUCUGCAUUCGCCAGGCUUUCGGAAAUGGCUGCAUCAGGCCUUCCCGCUGGAGUGCCCGCGCCCGACGGCGCAAGAAGAUGCAGCAGAGGAAGCAGAGCUCGCGGAGGCGAGGGAGUGGCUGGAGAUGGACGAGGCCGCACGAAGGAAAUGGCAACCUCUGGUGGUCCACCCGUCCGAGUGCACUCGCAUUCCCGAGUGGCAUGCGGAGAACUCCGAGCAAGGCCCAGGCGGCCCAGGCAUGCAUGCGGAGCCGGAAGGGAUGCUGACGGAGGUUUGA